AUGGGGGCAGAAUAUAACAGAGAAGAAAAAAAACCUCCUGUGUGGCUGCUUAGUCCAAAAGAAGAAAAGCAGGUGUUUAAUAAUUGGAGAGAUAGCGCCUGGAAAUAUUGUAAUGAGUACGUUAAGAAAUUUGCUGAAUGUGAGCAAACGGCGGGUUUGGGUGUCUGGUUCAAGUGCAAAAAGGAAGGGAAAGAGAUGAGAAAUUGCAUUGAUGGCCGCAGACAAAAGAAAUACGUUGAUGAAGAAAGGGAUAAGUUCAUCGAGGAAAAGAUGAAAAAGGCAGGAAUACUCUCAAAGGAAGAUCAAGAAGCAAUUUUAAGAGACGAGACCUUAAGCGUCGUGAACGAUGAUUCUCAAGACAGUAAAAAAUGA